AUGACCGAUUUCCUUUUACUUUUCCUGAAGGGGUGGGAGGACGCUGUUUUGGUCAGAAAAAGAAGCAUCUUGUCACGCAAAAAAUUUCCGUUCCUUGACACAGCGAAGAGUAUACGGGCUUUGCUAAGACGCCUUGGACCCCUACGACAAGACAUGAGGAGGCUUUCUACUCUUUUUUUUUUCUUCUCACGAGGCAUUAGUCUGUUGAUUUUUGUCAGUCUGUUGAUCAUUCCUGAGUAUGAAAGGCGGAUGGAGUGGAAUGGAGUCUGCGACGCUUUUUCGACUGCCUCUCUCCUACUUCUCGGUACAUUUUUUUUUUCUCUUCCCAAGGUAGAAGGGGGUUUCGCUUACCGCUUUCUUCCUUUUCCACGGUUCGAUUUUUUCCUCGUCUUGUUUGUUCUUUUCCCGAUUCUGAGAGGCGUCGGAGAGCGUACUUGCUGGUAA